GCCAGAAAAAGCAUUUUGGCCAUCGACUGUAGGUUUUUCCCUUCAGGGAUCGUCUUGUCUCAGUUUGGAGAGAUUCCGGCUCGUCCAUUGCCGCACAAAUUCCAUGGCCGACGGAGAGGUGCCCCGGACGGGAUUCAGCCUGCAGUUGCAAGCCGCUUUGGAGAAGUGGAUGCAGCCGGGGUUCAAGAGGCAGGAUCUGGGCCGAGCGGCUUCCAAAUCAGGCGAGGAGUUGGAAGGAGACCGGAAGAGCUGCAGAGGGCCGGAGGGAGCGGAGCAACUGGUCAAACAGGAACCAGACCUGGUCUCUCAGCAGUGGGAAGCCCAGUGGCAGGAAUUCCUGAAGAUGUCUGAAUCCCAGCAGCCCUGGGGUUUUGUGUCCCUGGUCCAGGAGGAGCCGCCCCCCUGGGAUGACGCCAAGGCCUUCCUGGCUUCCUUCGAGCAGGUAGCCGAGGCCUGCCAGUGGCCCAGGGAGGAGUGGGCGUCCCACCUGUUGCCCGCCCUCCGAGGAGAAGCCGAGCGUGCCUAUUGCAACCUUGGAAGCGCCGAGCGAGAGGAUUAUGGGAAAGUGAAGGCGGCCAUUUUGCACAGGGACGCCCUCGGCCGCGAGAAGCUGCGCCAGCACUUCCGCCGCUUCUGCUACCAGGAGGCCGAGGGCCCGCGGGGGGCGUACAGCCGGCUGCAGGAGCUUUGCCAUCAAUGGCUGAAGGUGGAGCACCAUUCCAAGGAGCAGAUCCUGGAACUGUUGAUCCUGGAGCAAUUUUUGGCCAUCCUGCCGCCCGAGAUCCAGAGCUGGGUCCGUGGAAACAGCCCCGAGACUUGCAUCCAGGCGGUGUCUCUGGCUGAGGACUUUCUGCAAAUGCAAGCGGAAGGUCACCAGCAUCAAGAACAGGAGGUGCUCAAGGAAGUGAGGGAUGCUGCAGAGGAUUGUGGGAAGGGACCACUGUUCAGGGAGGCUAAUCAUGAGGGGAACUCUGGAGAUGCCGGUGAAGGGAGUAGAGGCAUUGACAAAAUGGAGAAAUACACGCUGGAGAAUUCUGAGGCCGAAACAUCACACGAGUUGCUCAGCGGGAGAAUGGAAGAGCAGGCAGCUCAGUUCGAUGAGCAGGAAAACCUUUCCCAAAGCCAAGAUAGACUCAUUUGGCCCCAGAAAUUUCUUCCCAAGGAGAUGGGCAAUAGCGCCGUUCCUUGCCGAGGAAGUUACAGGGAGCUCGGCCAGUCCAAAACGCCCAUGGUUAAGAAGUACGGGGCCUCCAGCGUCAUCGCCAGGAGUUUCUACCAUAAAUCAAACUUCACUAAACAAAAAAAAAUCCACCCGGGGGAAAAAACCUACAGCUGUUUGAAUUGCGGGCGGCGAUUCAGUCGCAGGUCGAAUCUUAAACGCCACGAGGGGAUCCACACGGGGGAGAGACCCCACGAGUGCUUGGAGUGUGGGAAGAAGUUCACUCGGAAGUCUUACCUCCUUAAACACAGCACUGUUCACAUGUAUGGAGGAUCGACAUAGCGGUUGGGGAGAAAAGUGGUUGCGGAUAGAAAAAUCGAUACUGUGUGGCGAAAACGAGUCAAAAAGGGGGAUUUGAUUCUCCUUCAGAUCUUUAUUGUUCUCAGGGAGCAUCUAUUGCCGGCUACGUUGGGAAUCCUGGGAAAUACUAAGGUCUUGGGAAAAUGUUAAUUUGGGAUACACAAUAUGGAGGGUCCCUCCAGAGUGUCAUAAAUUUGGGGGGAGGGGGAGCUCAUCGUUCACAAGAGGGAGGGAGAGAUUACACAAAUCUUGAUUAGAUGCCAGUCUGUUUCCACCUCAUUCCUUCUUGAGUUACAGGAUGCCGUAACUCGGUUCCAAGACCAUUAUUAUUUGGGAUUUUGCUAUUUGUUUUUUUGGGGGGGCUAUUUCGCCUGUUAAAACAGGAGUGAAGACGUAUAUGCCAAAGCUUAAAUCUGAACGUCUUAUUUGGAAGGCUGAAAAGUUUCUAUAUAACAGCACAGAAGAUCUUAAAUAUAACUGUGAGACAAGUAAUAAGCUUUGAAUUCCAUCAGCAGACUAGUCCACGAGGAACAGCUGCCAGGCAGAGAAGCUGUUCCUUGGAGAAUUAGAAACGCUCCAGCAUCAAAUCUGAGUGAUCCAAAUCCACUCGUAUUAAUCUGAGCAGAUUGGUUACUUCCAACAUGAUAAGAGGGCAGUGGUGUCAAACUGGUGGCCUCCAUGGGCUGGAUGCCUUACGUGGAGUCCGUGCCCGCUCUGGCUCCGCAAAGGCAAAAAAAUGUCACAAUACGUCACGUGAUGUCAUCAAGUUUGACACCUAUGAUAUAGGGAAUGAAACUUCCCCUCCCCCGUCCCCCCAAUAGCCAUUUUACCUUUAUAGUUUCUCCUUGGUGGUUUGAUCUAUUUCAAUGUUUCUGAACCUUGGCAAAUUUAACACAUGUGGGUGGCAAACAUCUUAAAGUGGCCGACAUCCAGAAAUGCCGGUUUAUUCGAUUCAAUUGAUACGAUCACCUUCCUUUCCCCAAGUGAAUGGCUCAUAGUGUUAAAAACACAAUAAUAUGCC